AUGGGAGGACUAACCUUAAGAAAUAAAUCAGCUGAGGUUUUGAAUAGACCAAAAAAUCCAGAACUAGAGAUGGAUUUCAGAAAAACUCGCUCAGCGCCUCAAAUCAAUCCUAGUCUUUACGACCCACCACUAAUGCAAGCUUACCGAAAUUAUCUUAACACUUGCCAAAUCGGAACAUCUCUUUAUAGCAUUUGAAAAGUUGAUAAAAAAACUAAUUUAUAUAUUUAUAACACUGAAACUGACACCCAAGAAGUCAUAAUCUUACAGACUCCAAAACCACUAGACUAUUCCGCUUGCAUAUCUCAACUACCCAAUGGCAAGCUAUUCUGUUUUGGUGACGAUAAGUAUUCUCGAACUACAGUCUUAGUUGAUAGAAAUGGUGGAGUCGAAGUGCUGCCAUCUGGAAUUCCUAUUAGAUUUUCAUCAUGCAUCUAUUUCAACAAAAGCGUCUAUUGCUUUGGAGGACAAAAUAAAAAAACUACUUUAACUCUAUCUUGUAGAUUUGAUUUAGAUCAGAAUCGGUGAAUUCAAUUAACUCCAAUGCCAGGGCCUGAUUUCAAUUGCAAUAGCAUUAUGCUUGAUAGAAAUAUUUUGAUUUCUGGAUAUAUAGGAGAAAAUCUUUUGUUAUACUCAAUUGAUAUUGACUCUUUCUCGGCAAUUCCUUUUUGGUUUGAAAUUGGGAAAAGAAAGAUCCUGAUAAAUGCAGAUAGACUUUAUUUGAUAAAAUGCAAUGAAGGAGCUAUCUAUGAAUGCGAAAUUGGAAGUUACAUGAAUUGGAGACCAACAGGGAGAAUAUCAAUAAUCACUCGCAGAGCCUGACAAGUGUAUUGCUCAUAUAAUAAAGGAGGAAUAUACAUUGGAAUAGAGGGAUCUUAUUUCUUCAAGUUUGAUUUGAAUAAAAAGAGAUUGAUUGAAUUAAAAAUGUCAUAA